AUGGGCAACACGGUCACGAAAGCGCGCGAGGCGCACAAUCAGGCCAAGAGCAAACCGAAAAACACUCGGAACGUUCGACAGCAGAAGAUCAAAUUGGCCACGACGACGGGCGUCUUGGCACUGCCGAACAGUAAAUUGAAGAAACUUCCGGAUGAGUUACUGCAGCUGUCGAAUCUGCGCACGUUGGACGUCACGAGCAAUCAACUGAGCGAUUUGCCACCGCAACUAAGUGCGUUUACAGUACUAAAGACGCUUAAACUGUCUUUUAACGCGUUCGAGACGUUGCCGGAUCUGUCGACACUGCAGGCGCUCACAACGCUCGUGCUGGACAAUAAUGUGCUCGGCGAUAUCCCCAACGCUUUACCGCCCAAUCUGACCAAGCUGAUACUGAAGAACAACCGGCUACGUGUUAUACCUCAUAGUGUGCUGCAACUCACGCAAUUGCAAGAUCUGGACCUGUCCGACAAUGCUCUGGAGACGUUAUCGUCAAAUUUGGGCGAGAUGCAGGAGCUACAGGAACUCAAUGUCGACGGCAACAAAGUGACGGAACUGCCAGCUGCUUUGGCCAAAUGUGGCAAGCUCAAGGUGUUGUCGGCACGCCGGAACAUGCUGGUUGGUCGAUCGGCCGGUGCGAAGGUACAGCCGAUUGCUGCUGGGCUACUGCGAGAGGGCUCGUCUGUCCAGGUGAUGCACCUGGAAGGCAACCCAAUGACGAAGGAGGACCUGCAGGGAAUGGACGGCUUUGAUGAGUUCCUUGUUCGGCGUACGAAGCUCAAGAAUAAGGAAAUCCACGGUGGUCUGACCUCGGAUUUGAGCCUCUGCGGGCUCGAAUGA